AUGGGACUUAAGAGAAAGCCCCCGACCAGUUUACUCGACCUCCUCGAGGGUCAACCGGGGAAGGGUGCGCAGGGAACACCGCAGUCCAGUGCUCCGUCUCCACCACUUCAGCCCCAGACCAUCCAGACUAGGUCAUCCUCCACUAAGUCUCAGCCACAAUCUCCCGGCCCCAAACUUCCUGCUCCUCCUCGAUCAGCUCUGCCUCCUCAGCCGGAGCCCACGGACUCAAAGAGAAAGAGGAGUCCCAAGGGUAAGGAACCCAUAGACGGGGGAAAGUCCCAAUCUCCUCAGGAGAGGGAUGAAGCCCCACGUGUGAAACAAUUAAAGAUCGGGCACCAAAGCAAGGGUAAAGAAACUGAAGCCCAAUCCACCCAAAGUAAGGGGAAGGGGAUCGAAGUCCAAUCCUCGCCAAGCACCUAG